UACAGAAGUGCCAACAUCACACGGAGUUCCCAAGCGGUCAACCAUCUAAGUACUAUUCGUGCCCAGCGCUGCGUAACUUUCGUGAUCGGACGAGAAUGAGUGAUUUCAACGCGGUUUGAGCGUUGACGCAAUACAGUAGAGGAUGUAGACUCUUUUACUGUGUUCUUUGCCUUAGAUGAAAAGUUGUUGCUCAUUAUUAAGAUGAUAGUUAAUUUCUUUCCUCUAAUCUUCUUUAAUCUUCUUCAAUAUUUAAUUAGACACUGACCAAAUUCCUUGCCAUACAAACAUCUUUAAAGACAAGUAACAUAUAUUAUUUUAUGAAUUUCAUUUAAAAGAACAUUUAACUGUGAUUAGGAGUAAUGUACUCUUGACAAAAACAAAAUUACAGUUCUAAUGACACAUUUUAAACAGCGUUAAACAAUUCUAACUAAAACUAAAUGUUCGCCGGUACUAGUGCCAUCUACUUAUCAACAUAAAAAAUAUUCGCAGCGUUCAGUACCAGUGGGAUCAAGAGAUGUGUAUCAUCUCCGGAUAGGUUUGGAUUUCGAGAUUUAUUAUGUCUAGUCAACAAACAUAAAACUUCGACGUGGUUACGCGUGUUUUACGUGUACAAGUGGGCGUAUUAACCGACGCGACGUAUCGCGGAAAAGUAUAAUAUCCGCGUAGAAGAAGGAAUGUAGCGUUUUGGGUCAAUAUAUCGUUUGUUGAACGACAGCAAAUUUGCUUCGACGUAUGUCAAAUAAAAUGUUAAGAUUUUUGUCACGACGUAGGGCUCGUAGUGUCAGCGGACAGACUACGUCGUCCCAAAUAAAAAAUCAACGAUUGCUCAGCAAUAAGAAUGUUGUUCAAUGUAGGGUCGUUUUGCUUGAUGGCACGGAUCUACCAAUAGAAUUGUCAAAAAAAGCAUUGGCUAGCGACUUAUAUGAACAAGUGUUUUAUAGUUUAGAUUUAAUAGAGAAAGAUUAUUUUGGAUUGCAAUAUACAGAUAGCAAUAAUGUUCAGCAUUGGCUCGAUCCCACUAAGCCAAUAAAGAAACAAGUAAAAAUUGGACCACCAUAUACUUUACGGCUCAAGGUAAAGUUUUACUCAUCAGAACCUAAUACAUUGCGUGAAGAAUUAACAAGAUACCAGUUUUUCUUGCAAUUAAAACAAGAUGUUUUGGAAGGAAAACUUCAUUGUCCUCACCAAGUUGCUGUGCAAUUGGCUGCCUUAUCUCUUCAAUCUGAACUUGGUGAUUAUGAUCCUGCCAUACAUAGUGCAGCAACAGUAUCAGAAUUUAGAUUUGUACCAGGCCAAACAGAACAAAUGGAGCUUGAAAUACUUGAAGAAUAUGCCAAGUGUUCUGGUCUUAGUCCAGCACAAGCUGAAUCAGCUUAUCUCAGUAAAGCUAAAUGGUUAGAUAUGUAUGGUGUAGAUAUGCAUACCGUUCUUGGUAAAGACGCAUGCGAAUACUCUUUGGGAUUAACGCCAACGGGAAUCUUGGUCUUCGAAGGCACACAAAAAAUAGGCUUGUUCUUUUGGCCCAAGAUUGGUCGGCUAGACUUUAAAAAGAAGAAAUUAACAUUAGUUGUGGUGGAAGAGGAUGACGAAGGGAGAGGAGAACAAGAACAUACGUUUGUGUUCAGACUUGUCAAUGAAAAGGCUUGCAAACAUUUAUGGAAGUGCGCUGUAGAGCAUCAUGCUUUCUUUCGAUUACGUGCACCCGUUAAAGGUGCUAGUGGACGCCAAAAUUUCUUUCGUAUGGGUUCACGUUUUCGUUACAGCGGUAAAACCGAAUUUCAAACCACUCAGUUGAAUAGAGCACGCAGAACAGUACAAUUUGAAAGACGACCAAGUCAAAGAUACGCGCGUCGACAAAGCCAUGUUUUAAGAGAACGUCAACGUCAGCAAGUGGAACAACCGCAACUACCAGCUCCAGUAGUUAACAACGAAGAAGAGUCUUUGCAACGUCAGCCGAGUCAAUGUAGUACAAAAUCGUCAGACUCCAGCGUACAUGCUACGUCUUCACCUUUGGUAGAUUCUUUACUGAAAUCACUGGCCAAAGAUCAGCAACCUUUAGAGCCUAGAAAUCAAACAGCAAUUGCUAACACUGAAAAAGAAACAGAACCUGUGAAAACGAGUUUAAUCAUUGAAAAUAUGACUAAUCAAACAUCGUUAGUGCCAAAUAAUCAAGUUGGUGGUACCUCUUCACUGCCCCCACGUACGCCUAUUCCGCCAGAAUCAUUAAAGUGCAAUAUACUGAAAGCAAAGUCUCUAGAGCAAGGAAAAAAUUCAAAUUUGGUUUCCAUCACGUCUAUGGAUGCAUCUCCAGUUAUUACUAAGAACAAUCAGCAUUCUGAUGCAGCAACAAUUGUAUCUGUGGGUGGAGAUAAAUUGACAUUGUCAGUAAGUGGUGCUAUGAUGACAAAUCCAUCAGCGGAUGACAACGUUACCGUAACGCAUUUUUCUCUAGACAGCUGGGGACAAAUUGAACAAAAAACAACACAACUGAAUCCUAAAGUAUCAAAUCAAUCUCAGAAUCCUUUCAACCCCUUCACUAGCGAUAAUAACAACGAAGUUACUACUGUCUCUGAAAAUACUGAGGAGGAUACAAAAACGGAAGAAGAAAAGAAAGCGAAUACAAACCCGUUUAUAGAUUCGAAUCCGUUUUUGGGUUUGCUUAAUCCUUUUAAAGAAAUACAGCCCACGGUUGAAAAGAAAACUGAAGUGGAAACAGAGAAAAAUGGAGCGAGAGUCGUGAAAACUGAAGAAAUACAAACAACUACUACGACUCUUACUCACAAGGAUGAUAAUUCGGCUGUUUCCGAUAUCAGUCCUUGGCUAGUAGCCGAUCCAUCACAAACAACGACGGCAGAUCAAACUCCAAUUAAACAUACGGUAAUUACGAGGAAGACUGUAAUCACAACGCAACUUUGAAGUAUUAAGUAAUCAACGAAAUAUAUAAAAACGGAUUACAAUUCUAAAAACAAAAAGAGAAAUAUUUAUCAAAUUUGGUCUUCCUUAUAAUAUGUACUGACUUGCUUAAAGUGCCUAUAGGAGUACAAUGUUGCCUAAGUAGGAAAAGAAGUAAUACAAUAAAUGAAAGAAUAAUUUGACAUAUUAUAUCAAUGGGACCAGUCAGCAUUUAUAUUUUUUGCAAAUUACGAAUAAUUUGCAUUUAUGUAAGUAUUUAAUUUUAUAUAAUUUUAAUUCAUAUAAGUACUUAAUUUGAAAAAUUGUAUUAAUUUUUACAAUUUCGAGAAAUAUCAACUGUAUAAAUAUAAUUCCUAAUUAAAAAUUAUUUUUUUUACUUGAAGUAUUUUUCAUACGAGAUUGAUGUUUUGAGUUUGUGCUUCAAGUAAUAUACCAUUUGACAACUGCAUUAGUACUCUUUAAUGCAAGAGAAAUCAUGUAUAGAAAUCAGAUUUUCUAAGUACAGUACCUAUGUCAUAAAAAAAUUAAUAUUUUUUCCAUAUUUCUAUAUCUGCUUUUUAUCAAUAAUUGUUUUACUUUAAUACAUUAUCAAUUCAGUUCUGCCAUGCAAAUUAUUUAUGUGUGUUCUAUAUUUAUUGUUGUAUAACAUAGUCAAUUUUUACAAAGAGUUAAGUGUCCUUAUAUCUUAUUAUACAAUAAGAACACACACACAUUAAAAAGAGGUAAUGUAUGGAGCUCCUACUAAAAAUUAAAUUUAUUGAAUUGACUCAUUUCUCGUCUAAUUGUAUAUUUAUAUAUAAUUGGAAAUAUUUUAUUACUUAGAAUUUAUAAAUGAAUCUGAGUGCCCAGGUGAUAGUCUACUAGAAGUAUUUCAAUACUGGUUAGAUAUUUUCCAUUUGCCAUAGUGCCUUUAAUAACAAUAAUAAAGGAAGAUAUCUUUAUUAAAAUUUAUGCUCAUUCCUAUCAAUUUAUUUUUUAUUUACUAUAAAACGUUUUAUUAUUGAAAAUAACUUUAUUCACGAACAUAUGUACAUUGUUAUAGAUAUAAUUAUUUAAUAAGAGAUGAUCUCUUUUUAUCAAUUUACUUUUAUAAAAAAUUACGAGAAAACGAUAAUACAGUUCAUUUUUCAUAGAAAAGAAUUAUAAUUUAUAUCUGUGUAUCGAUAUUUACGAUACCUUACUUUUUAUCAUAUUAUGUUGUACCGCCAAAAUGUUUUCUCUUCCUCUCAUAGUUUUUAUUGUUUUUGUAAUUAUAAUAUUUGUAACUAACAUAUCAGUAUUUUAUAAAAAAUUGCUUCUUUUAAAUAUGUAAUGCAAUAAACUAAACAAACUUACGAUUCUUGAAAGAGCAAGUAGCGUACAAAUUUUUCUAGAGUGAAAAGAACAAUCUAUGACUAGAUUAAUGGUAAAUAUUAUUUCAUACAUUGAGAUCUGAUAGUUUAUUGUAUUACGAAAGUUGUUAUGCGUAAUGUAUUUAAAAGGCAGCUAUGAAAUAUUAUGUUUAUCAGAAUAUAAGUUAUGAAAAAUAGGACAUGUUUUGAAUUACGCAAAAGGCUGUUAAAGUACUUAUUGUAUUCCAUAUAUGAGCAUUUAUGAAAGUAGAAUAAGGCGCUGUUCGAUGUUCUGUGUAUUUAAAUAUACUAUAUUUAAUAGUAAUAAGCAAAGUACAUAUAAUACUAUUAUUUGAAAAUCUAAUAUAUAUAUUACUUGUGUUUA